CAUUGUGGGCUAGGCCAUAUCAGCGGCCACUCAACCAGCUACCAAGAAAGCCUACCAGCUGCUGCUGCAGUUACAGUUUCCGUACUCAGGCAAGGAAAACAGGAGGAACAGCUACAAUCGGGUGGCUAUUUGGGCGGAUAUUUCCUUCUUUCAGAGGCUACUCGCUCAAGACCCUCAAGUAAAACAGCACCCACAGACACACAGACAGAGCCAUGGUGGACUACUACCAGAUACUAGGAGUCCAGAAAAAUGCGACGCAAGAGGACAUCAAGAAAGCUUACAGAAAAUUGGCACUGAAAUGGCAUCCAGACAAGAACCCUGACAACAAGGAUGAGGCAGAGAAAAGAUUCAAAGAGCUGUCAGAGGCGUAUGAAGUUCUCUCAGACGAAAGCAAGAGGAAUGUUUAUGACCGAUAUGGCAAAGAAGGCCUCUCAGGUGGCGGAGGAGGAGGAGGAGGAGGCCAUUAUGACCACUUCGGCAGCAGCUUCACAUUCCGCAACCCCGAUGACGUUUUCAGGGAAUUCUUCGGCGGCAGAGAUCCAUUUACAGAUUUAUUCGCUGAUGAUCCCUUUGAUGAUUUCUUUGGAGGCAGUCGCAGUCGCCAGAGGGGGGCAAGGAUGGGUGGAUCGCUCUUUGGUUUUGGGGGCUUUCCAGCAUUUGGAGGUAGCUUUGGUGGAUUUGAUUCAGGUUUUAGCUCAUUUGGAGACAUGGGUGGGGGAGGAUUCACCUCCUUCUCUUCAUCAUCAUUUGGCGGCGGCGGCGGGGGAGGAGGAGGAAUGGGUAACUUUAAAUCUGUAUCAACCUCCACCAAAUUCGUCAACGGCAGAAGGAUUACCACAAAACGGAUCGUUGAGAACGGCCAGGAGCGGGUUGAAGUGGUAGAGGACGGUCAGUUAAAAUCUCUAACUGUUAAUGGUAAGGAGCAGCUCCUAAGACUGGAUAACAAGUAAUUAUCUCGCCUCAACAUAGUUUUGUCAUCUGGAAAUCUCCGGCAGUCGGUCUCUCCUCUCUGUGUCCUCCUGCAUCUCAUUUCCCAAAGAACAAUUUUCUCAUUUUAGUUUAGCUGUGAGGGGAGGCAAGAGACGUUUCCACAGUAUUUGUAUAUUUGUAUUUAUUCCAUUACUUUUGCGGGACCAGCUUGCUGGGAAUUAUGUUUUUGUUUUCUACAGUAAAUUGAAUUGUACUUUAACUUCUGCGACAGAGCUGGAUACGUACUAUACGUAUAUAUAAAUAUUUUUUUUCCUUUCGGGGUGUAUAUUGUCUUUGUUGUUGGAGGGGGGGGAAAAGGUAACACAAGAUGCUGUACAUUUGACUUAUGCAUGUCAUUUUUGCUCUUUACAUUUGACCAGUUUAACAAGUGAAUGAGGAAAGCUUAACCACCUCACCCUAAUGUCUUUAACUUGGACUUCACCUUGCUAACCUGUUUGCUAUUACCAUGUUCACGCGUGUGUAAUAAUAUGAACAGAUCAUUAAUAAAUUAAUUGUAACAAUGUGCA